CCCAUGACUCCAUGAUUUGCUUCUGUGCUUUUGUGGUUUUUACUCCGCCAUCUUCGUCGCGAGCACUUCGACUUCGAGCCAUGACUAGCAUUUGCUGAACACAAUUUCUGCGUUCUGCCUUAGCCCUCUAUCCCUUCUCUAUAGUCGUCGGUUGUCUUUGUCGCUGCUGAUCGAUUGCAAUUAUUGCUGCCGGCAGGUACCCCUUCAUCUCUCUCUCCUCCCUUUAAAUCACAUAGCUGUGGCCGUCUACUCAAGUGUUCCUGGUGAUUUAUAGGUAGAGAAAUCUGCAUAUUCUUGGCUAUUUAAAAUUCGUGUAUCAAUCAGUCGUACCUAAAUAUUGGCGUUUAAAAUAAAGCAACUCCCAACUAAUGAGACUGAGCUUCUCUUAAUGGAAGUAGAUCUUGAUGUGUCUGUAGAUGGAAGUAAAACUAAUGAUGUUGGGCAGAAUGUGGAUGGAAUUAUAAUGAAUGACGGAGAUAUUCAUGGUGAAGAUGAAGGUGGUGUGGAUUUUCCUCUUCCAUGCAAAGGAAUGGAAUUUGGUUCACUUGAGGAAGCAUAUUCCUUUUACAGAGAAUAUGCUAGGAUUGUAGGAUUUGACACUUUAAAGAAAAGCACUUCAUGCGGAAGGAAUAGGGAAUUCACCCAUGCAACUUUUGCAUGCUCUAGAGAAGGGAAAAAGAAACAGACAAUAGGAGUCAGAAACCCAAGACCUUGCUAUAAGGUAGGUUGCAAGGCAUCAAUGCAUGUCAGUAGAAGGAAACAUGGAAAAUGGGCAAUAAAUAACUUCAACAAUGAGCAUAACCAUGAGCUCCAGCCAAUCCAAGCACGUUAUCUUCGUGGCCGGAGGAGUACAAAUCCAACUAGCAAAGAUAAUACAGAUAUUUUACAUGCCUUUGGGGUUCAUAUUAGUAACAUUUAUGCUGCAAUGGUGAAACAAUGUGGUGGGUAUCAAGAUGUUGAUUUUUCAGAAGACAUGGGCGAUCAUUUCGACAGAGAAUGCCGACUAGCAGUAAACAAAGAGGAGGCACAGGUUCUGCUUAAUUACUUCACAAAUAUGCAAGAACACAAUUCAAGCUUCUUCUAUGCAAUUGAUUUGAAUGAUGAACAAUGCCUACGGAAUGUACUUUGGGUUGAUGCUAAAGCGAGGCAUGAUUAUGUUAAUUUUGGUGAUGUAGUAUGUUUUGAUACAACAUAUCUUACGAAUAGGUAUAAAAUGCCAUUUGCCCCAUUUAUUGGAGUGAAUAAUCACUGUCAGCCUACAUUGCUUGGAUGUGCUUUAAUUGCAGAUGGGACUACAUCAAGAUAUGUAUGGCUGAUGAAGACAUGGCUUAGAGCAAUGGGUGGAGUAGCUCCAAAAGUAAUUGUUACUGACCAAGAUGAUGCCAUAAAAGCAGCAAUUACACAGGUUUUUCCAAGUGCACGCCACCGGUUUUGUUUAUGGCAUAUUCUUAGUAAGGUACCUCAGAAUCUCAGUCAUGUAAUCAAAAGACAUGUAAACUUUAUGGGGGAAUUUAAGAAAUGCAUUUAUAGGUCAUGGACAGAGGAAGAAUUUGAAGACCAAUGGCUCAAAAUGAUUCAAAUAUUUGAGCUUGGUGAAGAUGAGUGGUUAAAAUCUUUAUAUGAAGAUCGUAAACUAUGGGUGCCAACUUACAUGACAGAUACAUUUUUCGCUGGGAUGUCCACUGUGCAACGAUCUCAAAGCAUCUAUGAUAAGUAUGUCCACAAGGAAACAACAGUGAAAGAGUUUCUAAAGCAAUACAAAAUUGUCCUGCAGGACAUGUGUGAAAAAGAAUAUAGAGCAGAUUAUGAUUCAUGGCAUGGAAUACCUGUUCUACAAACUUGUUCACCUUAUGAGAAACAAAUGUCAACAACCUACACAACUGAAGUAUUUAAGAAAUUUCAAGUUGAGGUUUUGGAAAUUGUUUCUUGCCAGGUAAGAAAAGAGAAAGAAGAUGGGACCACAACAACAUUUAAAGUCAAAGAUUUUGAAGAACAAGACGACUUCAUAGUGGCAUGGGAUGAGACAAAGUCGGUUAUCUCAUGUUUAUGCCGUUGUUUUGAAUAUAAUGGCUUUCUCUGCAGACAUGCUAUGGCUGUUCUCCAUACUUCGGCUGUACCUAAAAUUCCAUCACACUAUAUAUUGAACCGAUGGACCAAGGAUGUGAAAAGUGGGCAAGCCAUGAAUCAAAUAUCAGGGGAGCUGCAAUGUAGGAUACAAAGAUGCAAUGAUAUAUGCCAACGGGUUCUCAAGUUGAUUGAAUAUGGGUCAAUAUCUCAAGAUAGCUACAAUGUUGUAGUACGUGGAAUUGUAGAAACUUUGAUGCAUUGUGAAAGCUUUUGCAAUCCCAUAUAGAAUGUUGCAAAUCGUAAUAUAUUAGCAAAUCAUGGUCCCCAUGGCAACAAGAAUCGUUUAUAUUCUGUUCCCUUUUCUUUUGAAAGAACCUUCUUUUAUUUUUCAUGAAUAGCCUUUAUAGGUUGAUCCAUUCAUUCCCUUUUAGCUAUAAGUAAGUUAAAACAAUAUGAGCUUGUUUUCUUCUCCAUCAAAGUACUUAACAUGUAGAACUGUAAAGGUAGAAGUUCAGUAAACUGGCAUGUUACUAGAGAUAUUGAGUACCAAAUUUGAGAUGCUAGAAUGUUUUGUUUGAUUUUUUUCCCUUUUUUUACUGAAAUUGGGCUUUCAUGUUUCUUUGGCAUCUAAUGUAUUUGGAGGCUUGGUUUAA